ACAGAUCGAAAGUAAGGUCUGUACUUUUUUUGAGAGAAGCCAAUAAUUUUAUUCAGCAAGGAAGGAUGCAUUGACCAAAACUGACAUUAAAUACACUUAUAAUGUUACAAACGAGUUCAAAUUCCUUUAUAAAUAAAUCCUGCUCUUUUGAACUUCCUAUAAAUCAAAGACAAUUAUCACAAUAUUACUGUUUUUUACUGUAUUUUUAAUCAAAUGAAUGCAGCCUUGGUGAGCAUAAGAGACGUCUUUCAAAACCUUACUGACCCCAAACCUUUGAAUGGUAGUGUAUAUGUAAUAUAUUUUUCAAACAUUAGCUAUCUGACUGUCAUAUACCCUCUCUUCAUCUUAGGGAGUAUGAUGCUCAUUGACUGCCUGGGAUUCUGUUCCAGAGAGGUGAAAGAGGGAUUCUGGAAAAUCACUCUGGAUCAGCCACUUAUAUCUGAGCAGCUAAAAGCUGAACUCAAUCCACUAGUCAUCACAGUUUUAUCCGCUUCUUCUCUGCCAUCGUCUCCCUUUCCUUUCCAUGUACUUAAGGAGACAUGUCUUCCUGUCUACUGCCAGUACAAGUUCCACAACAUGCCUAUUUACAGAACCAAAGGUCAUGAUCACAAUGGUAACUUCAAGGAUGUGAAUGUGAUUUUUACCCGUCCAAGCACUGGAAAGUUGUUUGAGUUUCUUAGAGGUCCACCUAUGGAGAUCGAAGUCCAUGAUCGGGAUAGAAAAAAUGAAAAACACAGCACACCCACUGUAUUUAGGACUGACCCCAAUGACACAAUGCAGAUCUAUGGACUAUUCAUAAAGACAGAUACUGAACACCAUGAUCCACAUGGAAUAGCAAAACUAGAUCUUUCAGAUCUUCUCCAAGGAUGCUGAUAUUUGAAUCUGACAUUACCCAUUAUGUGUUCUCCUUCUGAGAAAAAUGAACAGAGAAGUUCUUCUGAGAUUUCCUCAGAUAUUGCAAUGCCAGUUGGUCAUUAUCUUGAAGCUGACUCCCAACUGAAAGUCCAGGUGCAGAUAGCUUACCCCCUCCAUCCUGAAGAUGGCGAUAUUGAAGGAGAUUGUCCUUUUGGUUGCAUCAUUUAUGUCUUUAAGUGUAACAAUACUCACAUCUUAGCAAAACUGACAUCUGAAAUUCUACAAAUUAAUGCAGAUGCUUUCCAACUAAAUCAUUAUCCAGAGGAAACCAUUCAAAGUGUCCUAUCAGAUCAUAAAAUAAGUGCCAAAGAAAGAGAGAACAAAAGGCUGAAUUUUCUCACUGGAUUUCAUAUGAUGGAUAAGGCUCUACACCUUUUUGUUCUGGAAGGAUUGAAGGAUCAAGCAGUCAAAAGACUGUGGACUACUGUGCCUAUAAAGUAAGAAAGUCAUCAUUUAAAAUGCUCCCACAUGUGCACAACAUUUAACAAUAUGCAGCAAAGCAAAAAUUCCUGAAGAUCAUACAGGCCGAUCUGAUCUUUUCCAGGUUGAAUGGAGAUGAGGAGGAACAGGUGACUGUGCUGUAUAACUCAAAAUUGAGUUUCUCAGAGCGACUACAUGACAUGCUUGAUGUGGGCCUGAGUCCGAUUUGCCUCAAGACACUUGAGACCAUUAUGAUGGAGCCUCUGGUGUUUAUCAGGAAUUCGGUUCCUUGUGCCUGUCUUGAAGCCAUGAAACGGUAUAAUUGCAAUUACACCCAAAGAACAGAUCUUCUUACAGGUUUCAGCGUGGUCCUUUUUUUCUUGUUUUUCUCAAUAGGCUAUAAGAAAGAACAGUGUAGUCAAACCAUAAUACUCUACUAAUCCAAUCAAUUUCAACAUCCAAGUACUAUUUGUACUUGGAUGCAAUAUACUUCACAAAAAAGCAUAUGGUGUGGUAUUUGCUAAACCUAGAGGAACAAAUGUUGUGAAAUACAGCGAUAUUGCUCAAGAAAGUUUAAAUGUUUGCAACUAACCUUUUAGUAUGAGCCACAUCCAUCAAGCCAAGAAGCUUCAAGAAGCAGUGCACUUCAACCUGUUCCCGUCAGCCGACAUGGUUCUCAGUUUAAGGAAGGAGUUUGGAUCGGAUCUCGGGAUAGGAGAGUUAUGCAUGGCAACAGAGUCCCAGGAAUCUCAGGAUAUACCUGAUCAUCGUAACAUCAGAGAGAGAACUCGCACACCUCUAGACAACUUCAACACAGGAUAUCUCCAAUGGAAACAGAAUGAGGGCAAUAAUGUGAAAGACUUCCUUCAGGUAAUGAAUUACUGAUAUGUUUAACAAAAAAUUACCACCUUAUACAAAGGGGAGGAAAUUGAGUUUGCAAUUGAUUAAAUGCAUUUUUUAUUUCAGGCAAAUAUUGAACAUGUCCAUAGGGCAAGUAGCGACUUACGAAAGUCAAAGCCUAAUGUGCUUUUGCAUAAUGUAACUGACGAUCAGACCAUCUAUUACCACAAUGUUCAAACAAUGAACUCUCCAACUCAGGGUGGAGAACUACUCUACAGAGAACCAUCAAAGGUUGGCAUCAAUUUCCAUGAAAUAUAUAAAAAACAACUUCUAAGCCUUUAUUUAGCAAUGCCAAACUGUAAGUGAAAUGUGGCUAUUUUUUCUCUUUCUAGGACUCCACUUGCAUUCGCUUCUCUUACCUAGGUUUUAGGAGCAGUAUUGAAUCUAACCAACACCCAAAGUGCCCAGACAAUGCUCGGAUAGAGGAGCUGAGAAUGGUGCUGUUGGGGUCAUGCCAUACCACUGUUACCCCCAUCUGUGUCAUGUUUCUCUCUCAGUGCAAUGUCAACUUUAUGGGCAUUCCUAAGAGCUUAAGCAAAAAGAUAGAGUUUUACUGAUGUUUACCUACCUUGCCCACCUCUUUACAGAUCUCCAGACCUUUAAAACAGUAUUUAUGACAAGUAUGGUGACAGGGCUAACACUGAUUGACUCAUGGGACACAAAGCAUUAUCUAGAAGCAUGUGGUUGGCUGAAAUUGAUUUAUCUGCCUUUCAGAGUCUUUAACUUAUUGUUCCCUGCUGAACAUGAGCAUAGCGCCCAAAAAUGUGAACCUUACAGAUGACAGAUUGAUGUUAUCAUUAGCAGUUUCUCCCAUUUAAGCAACUGAAUGUGUUAUGUUUGUGUCCCCCCCCCCCCAAAAAAGGGAGUAGAUGGACAAGUUUGACCGUUGUACUUAAGUCUCACGCCUGACAUUAUGUUCUAAAAACGUGGUGCUCAAGAAGUUCACCUUAAAAACUUACCUUAAAAUAGCAUACCUUAAUAUUUCUAGAAUUGUGUUUUUUUUUAUUCUACUGCCCAGCUGCGUUUCACAUAUUUAAACACAAAAAUGUGUUCUGUGUGAAUGUCCCCUAAAACAAUCGAUCUAGCAACAUGAGCAAAACACUGCAACAACAUUACGUUAAUAUGACUGAAGUUCUCUGAUGUAAUUUUCACUACAAUCGAUAAUUGAGACGCAAGGUGGCGCCAGAUGUGUUUGAAUGCAACAUGAAAAGUGGCACCGAACAAGCGGACUGAAAUAACAUUGCCAUGGAAGAUGGUGAAUAUUAUAAAAUAUCGGACCGCUGAAUGAAAAGACUAGUGAUGGGAGAAACUAAGCUUUUCGAAACUUUGAAUCAAUCGAACCAAUUGCUUCACUAACUGAUUCACUGACACUUCAGCCCAAACAUGAAUAGCACCACCUCUAACAAACCAAUUCAAGUCAGUCAAUCUAUUAAAUGUAAUGUAGCCUACAAAUAAUUAAAUGCCAUUAAAUAUAAAAUUUGUAUUCUUUUAUUAUUUUGUAAUGCUUGUUUUGUGUUAUUAGGCAGGGCUUGGCAAACUAGAUUAAUUAGAAGCAGUUAAAUAUAAUUCUCCUUUUUGUAUUAUACACACAUAAGUAUUAAAAUUCAUGAAAUGAAUUAAAAAUGAACUGACCCGGAAUCAGUUAAAACCAUUGGACACUCGUUCAUGAGAAAACCAAAUCAAUGUCAUCUGGUGACGAACCUUCGGAAUUUUGAAAUGUUUUGAAACCAAGGUUUAAAACAGUAAGACGUAACAAAGCCUUGUUUACUGAAAUCACGUUAACUUGGCAAAUUUGAAACAAGCUCCGAACCACUGAUUCGAAACAAAGAUUUGUAAAUGAUUCAAAAGCACCCAUCACUAGCAGCGACUAGUCCAGCCUAAGACGUCACACCCACUGACUGAACGUUUGAUGCAUAUGGCCAAAGACUAUAGGGACUUUGAUAUGGCACUUAACUGGAAACACUUCAGGAUUUUCGAAGUCGUAUGUAUGUAAAGUUCGGGGCUCCGCUGUUGCAGUAAACUUGCAAAACGUUCUUGAAUGAAUAAUUUAUUAGAUGCACGGAGGUAUGUCAUUGUAGUGACACCAACUUUACAUUUUCACGCCCCUAAACAUGGCACGGAACAAACAAACAUUGAUUGGUUGCGUUACAUGUCAAUAAAACAUCUUCUUGGGCGGUCCUUGGCCAAUGAAAGCUGCGAUAGAGUCCAGACCAUCUGCCAUCAGUCUGAAGACUAAGCAGAGACUGACCAAUUAGAAUUGUGUAUUCCAGAAAGCUGUUAUAAUCAUCAGCAUCCUUGAUCAUUUGAUACUAAAGUGACUCAUUUUACCAUGUAUUUCGCUUAGGAGAGGCUCUCCAUGAGGAUUCUCAGUACAACAGGUGUCAGAG